AGACUAAUAAUUUUAUCUUGUUUACAAAGGUAAAAUAUUGAUUUAAAAUUACUUUAUCUAAGCUUGUUUAUAAAUGAUCUGUGGCUUGUUUAAUUGUCUGACUGUGCACUUUUUGUCUUAUUUAUUUCGUUAAAUUGAUAUUGCAUUUCAUACUUUAUUAGGUAUAAUUUAAAAGACAAUUCGUGAAAAAUGGUUCGCGCUUGGUAUAUGGACGACGAUACCACAACAGAUCAACGUUUACCACAUCACAGAAAUCCUCCGGAACUCGUAAGUCUUGAAGACCUGUUGAAAAUAACUGGAGUGGAAUAUUUUCGACUUAACCUCAAAACCGACGGGGAACUAGAAGCGAUAAAAAAACAAAGAGGAUACAACUAUGAGGACGAAUUGGUUUGUUCGAAAGAUUGUCUGCCGAAUUACGAAGAUAAGUUGAAGAUAUUUUUCACGGAGCACUUACACGCAGAAGAAGAAAUCAGGUUGGUGGUAGAAGGUUCGGGAUACUUUGACGUGAGAGACAAAAAUGACAAAUGGAUAAGAAUCGAAGUUACACCAGGGGAUUUACUUAUUUUGCCGAGCGGCAUCUAUCACAGGUUUACUUUAGACAGCAACAAUUUUAUAAAAGCAAAACGAUUUUUCGUUGGAGAACCGAUUUGGACUCCUUACAACAGACCUAACGACAAUUUGGAUUGCAGAAAAAAGUAUGUCGAACAUUUACAAAAUGGAGAUUUUGUGAAAGAGAUCUGAUACUGUUUUUAAAUUACUAUAUUUUGUUUUAAUUAUUUUUAAAUUGUACGUAUGGGUAUGUAUAUUUUGUAUCGCCAAUUAUUACUCUAAUUAAGUUAUUUUUAUUUAUUAAAAUAGUUAUUUUUA